UAGCUUCAUCGUCCUGAAACUGAACGACACUCUAUUAUUCCAUACUGGCUCUGAUGCAAGCCCCAUGUCUGCAGAUCAUGUGACCAACUCCACAAAGCCAUGGUUACCAUCACAACAUGAAGUUUCCCUGGACACGUCAACGUUUGUAUCAACGACGUGUUUCGAUAAAACGGACUUUACCGAACAGAAUACGGACUUUACCGAACAUAAUGCUUACCUGUUUUACCUGAAGGUGAUUCUAAUUUUCAUUAUAAUGGUGUGCACAACUUUCGGGAACUUACUAAAUAUCGCCGUGACUUUAAAAACUAAAUCACUAAGGACUCCAGCAGGGAAUUUCGUCGUUUCCCUAGCAACGGCAGACCUGAUGGUGGGAAUUCUUGUGACGUUUUCAUUUGUAUCGUCUCUACAGGACAAAUGGGCCUUUUCCGACUCAGUAUGUACAGGAGUCGGGUUUAUUUUUUUCUACGCGACUUCUCUGUCCAUGUGGAACCUGCUAGUCCUCACGAUUGACCGCUGGGUAUCAGUCACCCAGCCGAUGAAAUAUGUGUCCUGGAUGACCAACCGGACGUCAUAUAAAAUAAUUGCUAUGGUUUGGCUCGGCGUCCUGUUCAUUGAUUUCCCAAUGUUAUUACCCGGGGUUGGUGACGUGUAUUACAUAGAGGGCGCCUUUUUAUGUAGCCCUAACUGGAAGGUGAACUUGACUUACUCGUUCAUAUUGAUCACGGUUCACUUACUGCCUAGUUUUACCCUUGUGUUAAUUUUCAACCUUAGACUCUACUGUAUUUCCAGGAAGCAUGCAAAGAACAUGGAACUUAUCCGGAUAAAAACUAAAUCUGUUGUAAAAGCAUCAUCCUUGAAACCUAAGUUGGUAAUUUCUGCGAUCGUAUUAGCUUUUGAAAUUUCUUGGAUGCCUUUUUUAAUCGCCGAGAUCAUUCGGCUUUUCUCGCCGGCAUCCAUCAGUGUACCAAUAUCCUUCGUUGUGAGCUGGGUUGCUGUAAGCAACAGUUUCAUGAAUUCUAUUAUAUAUACAUGUUUGAACCGGAAGUUCCGGUACGGAAUCGCGGCGUUGUUCCGGUGUAAGGAGAGUUGCACAACAGAUAUUACCGGAUAUGUGGACAGUAAUUACGUAUAGAUUGAAUGUGUCACGUGACAGCUCUGUACUUAACUGGUUAAUACCAAUCUUUAACGUUGUCAUUCUUUCUUGUGUAAGCAACCCAUAUAUU